UGGGAAUCGUAGGAAAAUAUGGAGAUUCUAGCUAUGUCAUGGCUGCCUUAAGUUUAAGACUUAAAGAUGCUGAAGAGAUGACUAGUUGCCACUAACCUAAAGGUUACUGACAGCAUGAACUCUCCCUUCUUCACCUAGCCAUGUGAGAAGUUGAAAAGAGUAAUCUCCACAUUUUAUUUGCAGCAAUGGCAAGAAGUAGUGGUGAAAGUCAGCUACAGAGGAUUAUCCGGGAUAUGCAGGAUGCUGUGACAGAAUUGAACAAAGAAUUUUUGGAAGUAGGAGAACCAAUCACAGAUGACUGUAUAAUCUUGCACAAGUUUUCCUAUAAGCUUGAGUACCUCUUGCAGUUUGACCAGAAGGAAAAAUCCACCUUACUAGGCAAUCGGAAGGACUACUGGGAUUACUUUUGUGACUGUCUGGCUAAGGUUAAAGGUGCAAAUGAUGGAAUUCGCUUUGUCAAGUCUAUUCCAGAACUCCGCACUUCCCUUGGUAAAGGCAGGGCAUUUAUCCGCUACUCCUUAGUGCACCAAAGGCUUGCAGACACUUUGCAACAGUGUUUUAUGAAUACCAAAGUAACAAGUGACUGGUACUAUGCAAGAAGUCCCUUCCUCAAUCCAAAGCUGAGUUCUGAUAUUGUUGGUCACCUCUAUGAAUUAACUGAGAUUCAGUUUGAUUUGGCAUCAAGAGGCUAUGAUUUAGAUGCUGGUUGGCCCACAUUUGCCAGGAGAACAUUAUGUUCACUUGGGUCCUCAGCUUACCUGUGGAAGCCUCCAAGCCGCAGUUCAAGCAUGAGCAGUUUGAUGAGCAGCUCCAUGCAGGCUCAAGAGAACCCUUCCAGCCCAAAUGGGAAUAGCUUUUUAAACACUGAAUCUCUUGAAGGCCUUGAUGAGUUGCACAUGGAGCUUGAUCAGGCAGAGCUGCAGCAGAAGGAGCUAUGGGAUCAAAUCCAGCAUUUGGAAGAAGAAAAACAAGAGCUUCAGGCAGCCAUUGGCCUUCAGAAGCAGCAAGUGCAAAUAGAAAGAGAGAAGAGCAGCAAUAUGGAAGAAGAGAAUGCCAGGCUAAGAAGAAUUCUAGCGGAGCUAGAAGAACAGAUCUCCCACUGUACUCAGGACACCACUCAGGAUUUGCAGCAAUGUUUGCAGACAUUAGAACUAAAUGCAGCUGAGAAGCAGAAAGAAUUCUCUGCAAGGCUUGAGAACCUGGAGUCCUUGAAAAAGGCCCCUGAUUCCAAGAUCCUUCUUUUGAACCCAGAGCUAGACACCUUGUUGGCCAAGAAAGAUCUCUUGAUUGUUGAGCUUACUGCUAAGUUGAAGUCUGCAGAGCAGAAAAUUGAGGCCCUUGCAACAAAAGCCAAUAGUCUUAUGGAUGAAAAGGAUCACCAGGCCACUAGCCAAUAUGAGUCUGUACUAAAGAUUGAGGAGUUAUUAAAAAAGCUUUGUUGGGCAGAAGAGGAGAAGGCUGAUGCUCAGAAGUUGCAUAGUGAACUUCUUUCUCAUCUUAAAAUUAUGGAAGAACAACUCCAUGUGAAAGAAGAGAAACAGAAAGAAUUUGAAUUGAAACUGAAAAGCCUCACUAUUAGCACCAAGGAAGAAUCUGAAAAAUUGCUUAUUAAUCUGGAAACCAUGACUGCUGAAAGGGCAGAACUUCAGAAAGAGCUAGCAGUGAAAGGCAAAAUGGUAGCUGAUUUUCAAAUCCAAUUGGCAGAUACACUGGAUUGUGUAAAAUCAUUAGAACAAAAGCUUCAGGAAGAAAAGAAAGAGAAGGCAGAACUUGAGAGGCUACUCAGUCAUACAAAAAUGACAAUGGAACAAGAAAUAAAAAAAUUGAUGGAGCAUCUUGAGUUGCUGGAAGUGCAGCUGGCAAAACUCAGUGACAUGGUAAAAUGUUUAGAAAAGCAAAAAGGGGAAGUUGUUUUGGAAAGAGACCACCUCAGAACAACAGUAGAGGGAAUGAAACAGCAGGUCACAAAACAAAGCUCCUCACUGAGAAAUUCCUGUGAAGAAAAUGAGAACCUCAAAUCCCAGAACAUAAAACUGCAGCAAAUCUAUCAGAAGUUAGAAGAAAAGUGGAGAGAGUUAGAUGUAUCUAAAUCACAUUUAGAAGGAGAAGUUGCCCAAUUAAGAGCCUCUGAGAAACAGCUCCAGAGUCAGAUAGAUGAUGCCAUGGUAUCUGUGGAUGAAAAGGAGAAGGCACUUCAGGAAAAGAACAAGCUGUUGGAUGAAAACUUGCAAAAUGCUACAAGACAGAACCAACUUUUAGAUGAAAAACUGAAGGCUCUGGAGGCUAAUUACCAAGAAUUGAAACAAAGUGAAAAAAGGACUGCGGAAUCCUUAAGUGUACUUCAAGCAGAGCUCCAGAAUACCAAAGAACAUAACCUGCAGAUGGAAAAAAAUCUGUUCUCUUCAAGGCAGGGUGAAGAAUCUCUGAAGUUACAGCUGACAGAGAAAAUUGAGGCAUUAGAAGGCCUGGAGAGCCAAUGUAGUCAGCUUCGAGAACAAGCUGAGAGGUAUAAAAUUAAAGCUGAAACCCUUGAGAUGGACAAGGCAAACCUUGAGAAAAAUGACCUUCAUCAAGCAAAGAUAAUUGAAUCUCUUACUUCCGAAAAGAGUUCUGUAGAGAAAACCCAACUGGAAUUGGUAUCUGGUCCAGAGAGAGAAGCUAAAGAUUUGAUGUUAAGACUGGCUGUUUCUGAGGAACAGCUGAAUAUCAGUCGGGCAGAGAUAUCUAGGCUCCAGGAGGAAAUUAUGGAAUUUCAGGCCAAGCUUCAGCAGACAGCUGGAGAAAAAGAAAAGCUGCAGGGCAAAUUGGAUGUCACUGAGACUGUUUUAAGUGAGCAAAAAUUACUGUCUCAGCAGCUGAAAGAGCAAAGCGAAGCACUCAACAGAAACCAUGUGCAGGAACUACUUCAAUGUAAAGAAGAAGAGGAAAUGCUGAAAAAUGAAUGGAAACAAGUAGUCCAACAGAAGGCUGAACUGGAAAAGAACUUGGUGUGCCUGACAGAUGAAUUGUCCAAGGUGAAGAGUGAUUUGGAAGUUGUUAACAUGGAAAAUGUGGAAAAUAAGGACCUUCUUCAAAGAACCAACAUGGACAUGGCUGAGCUGGGUAUUCAGAUUUGCUCUCUGACAACUGAAAAGAUGGAAGUGGAAGAGAAGCUGUCCCAAGUCACAGAGGAGCUCAGAGAUACCAAGGAAGUAGCAAUCAAAGAACAAGAGAGGCUGCAGCUUGAGUUUUCAAGAUUCAGUAAGGAGAAACAAGAAUUACAAGAGAAACUGAAAGAUUCAAAGGUUUGUGCUGCCAUUGUACCUGACCUGCAAACUCAGCUAGAAUUGGCAGAGAAACAAACCAAGAGUUUGCAAGAAACCAGCAAAGAGGAAAUAGCUACUAUCAAAUUUCAACUGAGCACAGAAAUUCUAAACUAUCAGACAAAAUUUAAGGCUCUCAGUGAAGAGUGUGAAAAAUUAAAGGAAGAACUUGAAGAGCAGAGCCGACAAGCAAAUGCUGCAGAAGAAGCACUCAAGGAGAUGCAGGCUGAGAAAAGAGACCUGUAUGCAAAACUGAACCUUUCCAUGGAUCAAGUGACUGAGUACAAAGCAGUCCAGCAAAAAAAAGAUGAAGAAAUUGCAGAACUUAAAGAAGAUCUUAAAAGGGUCCAGACAGAAGUCAGCAGAGCAAAUAAGCAAAUUCAAGACUACUGUGGUAAAUUCAACGAGAUGAAAUCAGACCGAGACAACAAUGAGGCCAAGUUACUGGCUGAACUGGAUGACCUAACUAGAACAAAGCAGUUUCUGGAAGAACGGUUAAUUGAACUUCUUAGGGACAAGGAUGCUCUUUGGCAGAAAUCAGAUGCUCUGGAAUUCCAGCAGAAGCUCACAGCAGAGCAAAGAUGGCUUGGUGAUGCAGAAGUCACCAGUUGCUUAGACUGUCAAAAAGAAUUUGGCUGGAUGAAUCGCCGACAUCAUUGCAGAAUGUGUGGACGCAUUUUCUGCUAUUACUGCUGCAACAACUAUGCCUUUUCAAAGCAAACUGGGAAGAAAGAACGCUGCUGUCGAGCUUGUUUUAAAAAACUGAGUGAUCCUGUUGAUUCUGAAUUAAAUAUUACUCCAGAAGAAUCAUCAUCAAAUCUGCUGGCCUCACCAUUGUCCCUGGUCCAUAAAAUUUUGGUUACAAAUGAAGCCUCUAAAUCCACAGAUGAUGCAGUGUUUGAUAUAAUAACAGAUGAGGAAGUGGGCCAAAUACAGGAAAGUGACUCUGUUCACAACAAAAGCCAAACUGAAGAAGAAUCUCUGGACCGUAGUGUGCCCGAUCUGUGAGUAAACAUAAUUUUAAAAAAUGGCUGAGAAUACCACUGAUUAGCAGCAAAAGGAUGUGCAUGUAUUUACUGGAAAGGAAAACUAUUUCUUUCACCUUCAAAAAUCAAAGGAUCAUUGUAGAUUCAUUGGGAACAUAGCAAUAGAGACAGAUGGAGACUGCUUUGGCUGUUUUAUCUUCCCUUGGAAAGGGAAUCACCUCAAAUUCAGAAUGGUCUUCUUUUCAGGUAAAUAUGGGGGUUUUAAAUGUAUACAUUCUGUCAAAACAGGCAGAGUGUGCAGUGUGUUCUUUCUGGACUCACACCCCAGCACCAAACCACGAAAAACUGACAGUGCAUCUUCUGGUGACUUCUCUAUGUGAGGUAAAUAUUGGAUAGGUUUAAAAGUGGAGGAAGAGGGACUCUUCCCUCCCCUCUCCCAACAAAAAUAACAAAAGCUCAGUUCAGCCUUUUCUGGUGAGGUCAUUUCAUCAUUGUCCUGCCUAUUGAAGCCCUUGGCUGCCAAAAAUAAAUAGUAGAAGAAAAAUAUGAUCCUCAGUCAUGAAAAAUUGAUAGCCCUGAUCUAAAAAAGUUAUGAGAAUGGUUCCACAUUAUGACAGAAGAUCUAGUUCUGCUGCAAGGUUUGAAGUAAGUAAAUGUGCAGUAUAGUGGUUAAGUUGUUGGAGUAGGCCUAGGAAAGCCAAGUUCAAGUCUACCCUCAACUUUGUAAGCUCACUGGGUAACUUUGAGCCAGUCCAUUUCUCUCAGUUCAGUCUACCUCACAGGCUUAUGGAGGAAAUUGGAGGAUGGAGGAUGGAGUGCUGUCCAUGCUGCCUUGAACUUGGAGGUGGGUCAUAAACCUAAUAAAUAAAUAAAUACUUAGCUA